AUGCUCCGGCUCUCUCCGACCAAGAAGGACGAGGUCGUCGUGGUGGAGUGGCCCGUCAUCGGCACGGUCACGCUCGAGAACGGGGGCCAUGGGGACACCGACGACACAGCCGUAUCGGCGGCAUCUAGAGCAGCUGCAGGCCUGAACGGUCCGUUAUCAUCGUCACCAACAUCUUCCCGACCGGCAAACCAACGCACAGGGACUGGGACGGGGCUUGCAAAUGCCGAAACCGCCUCGUUGGCGUCCUCAACUUCAUCGGCCUCGACCUCCAACCCCACCUCAUGCGGCCCCGGCCACGGCAGCCUCCGGACAAUUCUCCCGCCGCUCACCGCGCAGGAGUGGCGGCGCGAGUGGCAGUUCGCGAUCCUCAAAGCGGCGCUGUCCGGGCGCAAGGGCAGGGUCACGCUGGAGGACUGA